UAGGAAGCAUACAGGAAGCAUAUAGUUCCGUUUGGUUAUUCUUCUUGCGAAUCAUGCUGCGUGAGCUCGAGCGCAUCUGUUAUCGGAUUGAACCUUGCUGUAGGUCUUGUUGGAGUGCACCGUUUUAAUUUGGAUCAGCUUGGAACACCUUCCAAUUUAGUCGAUUUCGAAAACUUGUGAUCGUCGGACGUAUAUUCAAAGGAUCAGAUUAAUGUUGAGAGUUGGCAUUCAGAAUGUGUGGUGGCAGAGUGAACGCGGUGACAGUGUUAGCAACAUUUAUGGCUAUAUGUUGUUUACCGAGCAAUAUUGAGGGGCAGAAUAAUGAUCGAUUAAUGGAAGGGUUUUUCCAGAGAUUAGCCAGUAUUCAAGAAGAACUUAACCUGGAACCAAGUACCAAUGAUCUCUUUGAUGAUACGGAACGGAAGGACAGCGUGAAAAACAUGCUCAAUCAGUAUGAUUUUGUGAUAAUAGGUGCCAGUCCUUCGGGGUGCGUGUUGGCCAACAGGCUGUCGGAAAAUCCGGAGUGGAAAGUUUUACUCCUGGAAGCGGGCGAGCACGAGAAUAUUUUCGUGAAGAUUCCUGUUUUUGCUGCAUACUUGCAGUCUACAAGUUACAACUGGGGAUACGUAGCCGAGAGACAAAACUAUUCCUGUUGGGGAAUGAAGGAUCAGCGCUGCGCGCUUCCUCGUGGGAAAGGACUCGGAGGCUCUACUCUUAUCAACUACAUGAUGUACGUUCGAGGGAAUCGGGACGAUUUCAAUCGUUGGGCAGAUGCCGGUAAUCCGGGAUGGGCAUAUCGGGAUGUGUUACCAUACUUCAAAAAGUCGGAGAAAUCCUUUCUAAACAUUUCCAACGACUACCACGGAUCGAACGGACUCCUGGACGUGCGAUUUGCACCGUAUCAAACAAAAAUGUCUCACAUCUUCGUAAACAGUUUGCAAGAACUUGGCAUGCCUCUAGUGGACUACAAUGGCGAGAACCAAUUAGGUGUGUCACAUCUACAUUCCAAUUUAAGAGGUGGAAAAAGGUUAUCCGCCAGUGCUGCUUUCUUGGAACCUGUAUUUCAUAGGGCAAAUCUUCACAUCCUAACCAACGCACGUGUUACAAAAGUACUCAUAAAUCAUGACACGAAAACGGCUUAUGGAGCAGAAUUUGUUCGUGACAAGAAACGAUAUGUGGUGAAAGCGAAAAAAGAAGUCAUUCUUGCGGCCGGUGGACUACAGUCGCCCCAACUUCUAAUGCUCUCUGGAGUCGGCCCUGCGGAACAUCUUAGAGAGAUAGGUAUACCAGUUAUCAAAAAUCUCCCAGUGGGGAGAGCUUUCUACGACCACUUAUACUACACGGGAUUAGUCUUUUCUACCAACACAAGAGAUUUCACACUGCACUUAGAUCGAACUGUAUCCCUCCCAGAGUUGGCCAAAUAUCUCAAGGGUGGCGGUGAAAUGACCAUACCGGGUGGUGUGGAGGCAGUUGGCUUCAUCAAUACCCGCAACCGCAGUCAAGAUGCGGUACCUGACAUUGAACUUAUAUUCGUGAAUGGAUCCCCGGCCUCCGAUUAUGGGAGUGGUGUCCGUAGAGGUCUUCGAAUGAGUGAUCCCCUCUACGGGAUCUAUCGCCCGUUGGAGUCAGGUGACCGAGACGCGUUCAUGGUCAACCUGGUGCUGCUACAUCCCAAAUCAAAGGGAUACAUGGAGCUCAAAAGCAGCAAUCCUUUUCAGUGGCCAAAGUUCUACACUAAUUUCCUGAAAGAGGAAGAGGACUUAGAAACUUUGCUGAGCGGUAUCAAGCGAGCUACCCAAAUUAUGGACACCCCGACGAUGAAACGAUUCAACACAAAACUCCACGACAUACCGGUGCCAAACUGCGCACACUUGGGAUUCGGACGCGAUGAUUACUGGCGAUGCACAAUCCGUACCCAAGCUACCUCGUUGUAUCACCAAACCGGAACGUGUAAAAUGGGACCUGCCUACGAUCGUGAGGCUGUCGUGUCGCCGGAGUUGAAGGUGCAUGGCAUCGACAAUUUACGUGUGGCAGACGUUGGUGUUAUUCCGGUCACUCUCAGCGGACACCCGGUCGCCAUUGCGUACUUGAUUGGUGAAAAAUUGGCUGAUUUAUUGAAGGAACAGUGGCGGUAGUCGAGUAUAAUAACAUAAAGAAUAAAUAUAUAAGUAUACGUAUCUUUUAUCGUGUCCUCUGGGCUGCGGUUUUCACUUUUAUUGGCUUAGCAUAUUACCUGGAAUGAAAUAGAAGAAAAAAUAAAUGUUAUGUUGCUGGUUAUUGAAUUAUUUUUAAACAUUUCUAGUCAACAGAGGAGAAUGAGUUGAAUAUGUAUGUUAUGUUUUGUAUGUAUCAUAUGACCCAAAACUUGUUACGACAAGCUAUCUCUGAAAAUAUCAACAAUACAUUAUGUUAACAAAUGUUGAGGUAGCAUUAACAAAUUACGGUAAUUCUAAUCAAGAAAGAAAUGUGAAAAUGUGGAAAUGUGGCAUGAUGUAUGAAAUAGAGUAUUUGCAAAUUUUUAUGAUUAGGAAAUGUUACGUCGUUUCAAUUUAAUUUUUACGGUGAAGAAGGGUAGCUGAACAAAAUGCUCAUUGUAACGAU